CAGUAGUAAACCUCGCAUUGAACUAUGGGUAAGCAGGAAGUAAACAAACACACGUGGAAGAUGGCGCUUUCAGAGCAGAAAGAGAGGAAACCUGAGGAUAUUUUACGGGAUUUUCGGGCCUCGUUUUUCUCCAUGAACCGCUUGGCUUCGUUUCCCUGGACGUUUCUAGACAAUGAGCUGCAGAGCAACAAGUCAUCAGAGUUCAUCUCAGAGCUACUGAAGCAGACAUGUCUUCAUCCUCUGUGUGGAAAGUUUCCACCAUCGGUCCGAUUCAGGAGGAUUUUCCUCUCUGAGCUCAUCAAACGGCAGGAGGCUGCAGGCUGCGACCCUCUGGAUGAGCUGUAUGACGCCCUGGCGGAGGUGGUGGGGGUGGAGGAGACGCCGCACUGCCACAAGAGCUACUUCCUGCCCAGCGGAGACGCCAUCAGCCUUCUGGAAAACGUGGCUGUGAUCUCUGAGGGAACGACGGGCCUGGUGACCUGGGAAGCUGCUCUCUACCUGGCAGAGUGGGCUCUGGAGAACCCACAGGUGUUCACCGGCAGGUGUGACGUCACCUGAACCUGAGCCGCAGCAGAGCCGUGUGAAGCUGCACAGCAAAAAAUUAACAGCAAUAAUGAACACUUGAUGCUUAUGCAUUUAUAAAUGUCAGGGUGUCAA